GGGAAAUGUAGUUAAUGUUUGAUUCUGGCGGCUACCGGCCGUAUUUCCCCCGCCUCAUCUCAAGCCUGGGUCAUGGCGGCUGUGGCCAAUUCGGGCGGCCGCUCUAAAGUGGCGCCCAGUGUGGAUUUCGACCACAGUUGUUCCGACAGCGUCGAAUACCUGACUUUGAACUUCGGGCCCUUCGAGACGGUACACCGGUGGCGCCGCCUCCCGCCCUGCGAUGAGUUCGUCGGGGCUCGCCGCAGUAAGCACACCGUCGUUGCCUAUCGAGAUGCUAUCUACGUGUUUGGUGGCGAUAAUGGAAAAACCAUGUUGAAUGACCUGUUGAGAUUUGAUGUGAAGGACUGCUCUUGGUGCAGAGCUUUUACCACAGGGACCCCUCCAGCACCCAGGUAUCACCAUUCCGCUGUAGUCUAUGGGAGCAGUAUGUUUGUCUUUGGUGGAUAUACCGGCGACAUCUAUUCCAAUUCUAAUUUGAAGAACAAAAAUGAUCUUUUUGAAUAUAAGCUUGCAACUGGUCAGUGGACUGAGUGGAAGAUUGAAGGAAGAUUGCCUGUUGCCCGGUCAGCUCAUGGGGCAACAGUCUAUAGUGACAAACUCUGGAUUUUUGCAGGAUAUGAUGGGAAUGCACGAUUAAAUGACAUGUGGACUAUUAGUUUGCAAGACAGGGAUUUGACUUGUUGGGAAGAGAUUAAACAAACUGGUGAGAUUCCUCCUUCAUGUUGCAAUUUUCCUGUAGCUGUUUGCAAAGAGAAGAUGUUUGUCUUUUCUGGCCAGAGUGGAGCAAAGAUCACCAAUAAUCUUUUUCAGUUUGAAUUCAAGGAAAAAAUUUGGACAAGAAUUCCUACUGAGCAUUUACUACGGGGGUCUCCUCCUCCUCCACAACGGAGAUACGGCCACACUAUGGUUGCCUUUGAUCGCCAUCUCUAUGUGUUUGGUGGUGCUGCAGACAACACAUUGCCUAAUGAACUUCAUUGCUAUGAUGUCGAUUCUCAGACCUGGGAAGUUAUCCAACCAAGUCCAGACAGUGAGCUGCCGACUGGAAGACUUUUUCAUGCUGCAGCAGUCAUCUGUGAUGCAAUGUACAUCUUUGGUGGGACAGUGGAUAACAACAUUAGGAGUGGAGAAAUGUAUAGAUUCCAGUUUUCUUGUUAUCCCAAAUGCACUUUACAUGAUGACUAUGGAAGACUGUGGGAAAACAGGCAAUUCAGUGAUCUGGAGUUUGUUCUUGGAGAGAAGGAAGAAAGGGUUCGAGGGCAUACAGCUAUUGUCACAGCUCGGUGUAAGUGGCUCAGGAAGAAAAUUACACAGGCAAGAGAGAGACUGAAGCAGAAAUCUAAGCAAGAGACUGAUGAAGAAGGACAAGGGACACCCCAGAAGGAGACAGCAGGCAACAAUGUCAAGCCAUGCCGCUUACAGCCACUGCUGGAGGUGACUAUCCGGGAAGCUGAAGCCCAGCCCUUUGAGGUCCUCAUGCAGUUCCUCUACACUGACAAGAUCAAAUACCCACGCAGAGGGCAUGUCCAGGAUGUACUGCUAAUCAUGGAUGUCUACAAAUUGGCCCUUAAUUUCAAACUCUCACGAUUGGAACAGCUGUGUGUCCAGUACAUUGAGGCCUCAGUAGAUCUGCAAAAUGUACUUGUUGUAUGUGAAAAUGCAAACAAACUUCAGCUGGAUCAGCUAAAGGAACACUGCCUGAAUUUUGUUGUCAAGGAAUCACACUUUAAUCAAGUAAUAAUGAUGAAAGAAUUUGAACACCUUUCUUCAUCUUUGAUAGUGGAGAUAGUACGAAGAAAGCAGCAACCUCCUCUUCGAACACAUUCCGAUCAGCCUCUUGAUAUUGGAACCUCAUUGAUUCAGGAUAUGAAGGCCUAUCUGGAAGGAGCUGGACUAGAAUUCUGUGAUAUAAUUCUUCUCUUAGAUGGUCACCCAAGGCCAGCUCAUAAAGCUAUUCUUGCAGCCCGCUCCAGUUACUUUGAAGCUAUGUUUCGUUCUUUUAUGCCAGAAGAUGGGCAAGUUAAUAUUUCAAUUGGAGAGAUGGUUCCAAGUAAACAAGCCUUUGAGUCUAUGCUAAGAUAUAUUUAUUAUGGUGAAGUGAACAUGCCUCCUGAAGAUUCUCUCUACCUCUUUGCUGCCCCUUAUUAUUAUGGAUUCUACAAUAACCGGCUCCAAGCAUAUUGUAAGCAGAACCUGGAAAUGAACGUUACUGUGGAAAAUGUCCUUCAGAUUUUAGAGGCAGCUGACAAGACCCAGGCUCUGGACAUGAAGAGACACUGCCUGUAUAUCAUUGUUCACCAGUUCACCAAGGUUUCAAAGCUGCCAAAUCUUCGGUCCCUCAGUCAGCCUCUCCUACUUGACAUCAUAGAAUCAUUAGCAAAUCACAUAUCAGACAAGCAAUGUGCUGAACUUGGCUCAGAUAUUUAAGAUUUCCUGUAUUCUACAUCAUGCACUUUGUCUUCAAGAGAGAGCACUUUUCUCACAUGUACCAUCAGUGUCUGUCUAACCUUUGUUACCAUUCCAUGUUGAUCUGGUGAAACUGUCCUCAAAGCAUGGAAGCCACUGAAUGUGGGAGAGAUAGAUUUGAACCUGAAUCUUAUGUCAGGGAUGCACAGAGGAGAGGAGAUGAUAUGAAAGUCUCCAGGCAUUUUGGGACUACUAAUAAUGAAGCCUGAUUAUGCAGAUAUUUCCUUACUUAUUAUUAUUAAUGCCUCUUUGAUUCUUUGUCAUUGAAGAGAUCAGAUUUAAACCACCGCAAGAUGGUUUUAUCACAGCAUAUACUGCCUGCCACAAUUCCUUUUAAUCAGGAGACUGAGAUCUAAAAACCAAAGAGAUUCAGUGCCUGCUCAGGAUGGUUUCAGGCAAUGAUGAAUAUAGUAGAGCAGCCAAAACUGUGUUCUGCUUCUCCAGCUGUGUAACAAGUCACUACAUGGGACAUCUGUUGACAAGGUGUACCCAGCAUAUAUUUGCCAACCCAUAGAUGUUCUUUCUUUGCCAUCACCUAAGCUGAUGUUGCCAAAGGCUCACUUCAAAACAUUGAGGAGUUAUCCCUUUCACAGUGUCUGUCUAGAGUUUAAAGGUCGAAUAUACUUCCUAAAAAGUACAGUGGCAAAGAAAUGUAAAUGUAUAUUGGAACGUGGGGCACUCUCAAAAGCCCUUGACAUAUUCUACUUUUAAUUAGGGAACAGUAAUGCCUGAUAUUUUGCACAGUUAAGUUCUAAGUACAGCUUGAAACAUUCACAUAGAAAUUGAUCAAAUAAGUUGUCUCCUUGUUUGUCUGCCAGACUUAAAAAAUACAUGUUUCAAUAGCAACUUCAACAUUUCCAAAAAAAGGUUUCAGUUGAACUGCUGACUUACCUUUCUGGCUGCUUCUGUACUCUCAUUGUGCUGCUUUUUAAAACAAAAAUGUAUCUGAAUAAAACAGACUGUUCAGUUAACUAAAAACAUGUUUCAAGGUUGAAUCAAAAUGUCAGUUCAGGUUUUAGUAACAGGCAUGCACAUGUAUGUUAGAUUGGAGAAAUAUUCCCUGAUACACUCAGUUACACGUGAAUUUACAGUGAGAGUGAGAAAAAGAAUUACAUUUCCACAUGAGUAUAGCUCACUGGUCUCUCAUUUGAUCUGUAGGUUCAAACUGUUAACAUGUUGGUGUCAGAGAGAACAUGAGAUGAUAUCCUUUAUCAGAUCACUUCUGCUGAUAAAGUAGUAUGCAAGUUUCUUUUUUUUUAACAAUAAUUUUUAUUCAAAUUUUCAUAAAACAUAGAAAACAAAAUCAUAAAACAUUCAAAGACAAAAAACAAAACAA